UUCCAUGAAUUCUAGAGGAAAGCUAACUGCUUGCUGGCUGGGAGCUGUAUGAGCGGUAACGUCCACGUACGGCUCCGUGAGAAGGUGGACGGAAAUGGCCUUGUUGUACCUCACUCCCGUCUUCAAUGGGGUCUGCUCUUUUUUUAGGAGAGUAUGCCAAUAUGAUCUUAAUGAGGUGCGGGGCUUUGCAUCUGACAUUCGUUGGGCUUUCCUCUGCGGGAGCCUGCGUCCCGGCCUUUUUGUGCAAUAAACCCCUCCGGCCGAAGACUAGUGAUAGGUGGUCCCGCGGAGCUUUCGGAGAAGGGUAGCCUAGUGUGUAAGCACAGCAAUGAACCGCGGCGAAUCCUCAGACGACCCUUCUAAGAUAAGGGGGGAGAUCCUCAGUAGUGGUGACCCUUUGACUCUUCCACUGACUUAUAUAUGUACUGAAUGCUCAUACGGGAAAGUGAACUCCUGGGCAUGGAACCAGGGGGGUUGCUCCGAGAAAAAAUCAUUUCUUUCUCAUCCACUCUAGGGGGUGCGGACACACCUGCGCGGAUUACAGGUGACGGUUACAAGAAUGGCGGGGAAGUGAAGAGUACCUGACGACAUUCAGGGAUGAAUGUAGACCCAUCGGGUGGGGAUAAUCAUUCCGGUCCUGGGAGAGGUGGCGACACCAGUCUGAGCUGAGGGAAGCCAGCCAAUUGAGUCACUGAAACGACCGCAGGAGGCGCACCCUAAGCCCAGCUUCUCGGAGCUGCUAUUGCGAAAUACGGCUUCCUUAAUAUCCAAAUUUCAACAAGGGGGCUGGGCUGCUCGCCUUCAUAGAAAGGCGACCGGGCCUAGAUUAGAUGUUCGCCUUUUUUUGAAUAGAAAGAGAAGGUAAAGGGGGGGUUUGGAGAUUCUUGAAAGAAUGCAUGGCUUCCUCCUAUUCCGCUUCAACAUAAGCCCUUAAAAUCCUGCUGCUAUGGCAGCAAGGGUUACCCAUUUCAUAGGCGAGGGUGGGGGAGAAGCAAGCCGAACCUCUGAUCGACCCAGACACGUCAAAAAUUCUCGGCGCCGAGAGAAGGACGAGAUUCAGUAAGUAAUUCAGUGAGUGCUUUCUUUUAUAAGAAGAGCGUCGGCUUGGAAGAAGAAAAUGAAAUACGAACAACCGCGCUGGUUGUAAUAGAUCGACUUGAAUGCGUCUUCUUGCUCCAGCAUUCAAGUUCCAUUUGAAGGGAGGACGACGUACCAUGAUACUUUCUGUUUUGUCGAGCCCUGCUUUGGUCUCGGGUUUGAUGGUUGUACGUGCUAAAAAUCUGGUACAUUCCGUUUUGUUUCCCAUCCUAGUCUUUUGCAACACUUCUGGUUUACUUAUUUUGUUAGGUCUCGACUUCUCCGCUAUGAUCUCCCCAGUAGUUCAUAUAGGAGCUAUUGCCGUUUCAUUCCUAUUCGUGGUUAUGAUGUUCAAUAUUCAAAUAGCGGAGAUUCACGAAGAAGUAUUGCGCUAUUUACCAGUGAGUGGUAUUAUUGGACUGAUCUUUUGGUGGGAAAUGUUCUUCAUUUUAGAUAAUGAAACCAUUCCAUUACUACCAACCCACAGAAAUACGACCUCUCUGAGAUAUACGGUUUAUGCCGGAAAGGUACGAAGUUGGACUAAUUUGGAAACAUUGGGCAAUUUGCUUUAUACCUACUAUUCCGUCUGGUUUUUGGUUUCUAGUCUGAUUUUAUUAGUAGCUAUGAUUGGGGCUAUAGUACUUACUAUGCAUAGGACUACAAAGGUGAAAACACAGGAUGUAUUCCGACGAAAUGCCUUGGAUUCUAGGAGGAAUAUAAUGAACAGGACUAUUUCUCCUUUUGGCCAUAGCCAUAGGAGAAGCUUCUCCUCCAAAGCGGAGGGAGGGGAAUCUCAGGAUUCCUAUGACCCUGCUUAUAUCGAUUUUUAAGAGCUCGUUUAGGGUUUUUCCCGGGUUUGGUACCAAAUCUGGAUAAACUCCUUUCGGUUCUUAAACCUAAGGAAAUUCUAUUUCUAGCUUUUCGCUUCCCGCGGGAUGCGAACAUGUUUAAAUUGCCCCUAAAGAAUAUCAAAGAUAUGAUUAAAGAAGCAAUGGCUAAAGAGGAAGAAAACAGAAACAAGCCUCCGGUGGAAGGUUGUGAAGAUCGUCGUAUGACAGCGGAAGAAAGUCAAAAAUUGCUAGAAGCAUUUUCUUUCCUAUGGGAUAA